CUUUAAAGGCCUCCGCCCUCCACCUCCUCCUCACAUGGCGCUGCAGGACCAAGUCGCGGUGGUGACCGGAGCGGUGCAGGGGAUCGGCAGAGCCAUGGCGGAGAUACUCCUGCGGAACGGCGCCAAGGUAGCCCUCCUGGACGUGAAUGAGGCGGCAGGGAAGAGUUUGAAGGAAGUCCUCGACAAGCAGCACGGACCGGAGAGAACUCUGUUCCUCAGCUGUGAUGUUGAAUCAGAGGAGCAGAUUAGAGCUGCCUUUCAGAGGACUGCUGGAGCUUUGGGGGCGGUGGACAUCGUGUGCAACAACGCUGGCGUCCUGAACGAGGCCGAGUGGGAGAAGACCAUCUCCGUAAACCUGGUGGCGGUUGUCCGGGUAACCUACAUCGCUCUGGAGCACAUGAACAAGAUGAGCGGAGGUCGGGGAGGGGUCAUCAUCAACACCGCGUCCAUGGCGGGUCUCUUCCCUUUACUGAGCUGCCCGGUGUACACUGCCACCAAGUACGGGGUGGUCGGCUUCACCCGGGCCAUGGCGGCUAACUCCACCGCCUUGGGCUUCGGUAUACGGUUCAACGCCCUUUGUCCGGGCUUUGUCCAAACGGACAUCUUGGACAACAUUUACGAACGAUUGGGACAAUUCUCCCAGCUGUCUGCUGAGACCCAAGUGUUUGUGGACAAAGGGGUGUUGAAGACCUCCGAGGUGGCCGAGGGCCUCCUGGAGCUGCUGACCAACGACACCAAGAACGGAGAGGCUUUACAGGUGAUGUGCAGCUCCCAGAAAUACAUGAAGUUUCCUGUGUUCACCUGAGUUUUAUAGCCGGCAGCAGACUACAACCCGCAGGAUAUUCAUUGCUUUCAGCUUAAACACAACUGAUCUGAACAUGCAGUAAAGUUGUUCAUGAAAUGUAUAAACUGCACGUGUCUAUAAAUGCAAAGCUUUGUAACAUGAUCACAACCGAUAAUAUUCAUCUCAGUUAAAUGUAAUGCAUUAUUUUAUAUAUAAUCUUGUAAUCCAAUGACUGCUAUCUGUUCUGUUUUUCCUAUUAAAUGUUUAUUGACACGUCUUGUAUCUUUGGCCUGUGGUGUUCACGUGUUGUAUUUUUACUCCACUUUAAUGUACUUCUUGUGAACUAAAUACAGCAAAUGUUCCAAAAGUAAAACACUGCACAAUGA